AUGCCGACGCGGCAGUUGUACGCGAUGUACACAAAGUCGAUUGAGAGAAUCGACGAGGCACUCCCAGCUUCGAUCCACUUGCGAGCGUCCACUGUUGUCCACACAAAAGAAGAUGUGCUCACAUACCUCCCACAUUCUUUCCAGUCAUUUGACUUGACAGACAAGAACAUCGCACUAACGCAUGCCCUCAAUAACGAGACCUGGAACGCCCAGGUCGCGCUUGGAGCCGCCUCGCACGGUGCUGACCAGAACUACUACUGGUACAGCACGUACACUCUCAACACGUCGUCGAACAGCUCGUCGGAAGCGGAGACUACGAACGCAACAGAAGCUGCCGGCGUCGGUGCCGUCACAACGGCGGUGAACGCGACCAUCGCCGUUUCCAUGCAAAAGUAUCUCGUGUCGUUCGUGCUCACCGGCAACCCCAACUCGGUAUGGUCCGAGGACAAGAUUUACUGGCCAAUGUUUAAUGAGUCGAGCGUGGGAGCGCAGAUCGUGCUCAACGACACAUUCAGUGUAGCGGACGACAGCCUGGCCAAUGCCAAGAGCCUGUUCUGGAACAGGCGUUAUGGUACUGAGGUCAGAGAUCACUUUGAAUCGAAGCCAUGA